UCUGUGUUUGAUUGACAUCAGGAGAUCAGCUCCCAGUAUCCAAAUCCCAGUUAAAUGAGUGAACCAGCAACUCCGUCUCUUCAUUUCAACACAAACACAGAGCGGAGAGCAUCUCGGAGUUGUUGUCUUACCGACUACUAGUUGCUUUCACAAGAUUAACGUGGAGGCUGUCAUCAUCUGGCUUCUCAUUACAGGACGUGGUGGUUUCAUAAGGUGCUGCUAAAAUGUGGAGAUCAGAAACUGCAGCUCACUAAGCCACAGAACUGGACAUCUGACAGAGCUGCAGAAUAGAUGUGAAACUGACUGGGUCGGGCUUUUUUAGCUGGUGCGAUGCGUGGACCGGCCCUCCCCCUGUGUCUGCUGCUGUGGAUUCUAGGAGCAACGACACAAGUAUCAGGUAAGGUUGCAGCUCUUGCCAGUCUGACUGCAGAGGCGGGACGUCCCAUCAUUCUUCACUGCAACAUCACCACAGUAGAGGGUGAGAUCGUCCGCCAGGUGCGUUGGCUAGACAGUCGCUCCAAGUUGCUCCUGGCGUAUUCACAAACCACGCCGGUUAGCAUCAGCCACCAGGAAGCCAACGUGAAGCUUGCGGCGGCCCACAGCGACUCCAGCCACAUCACCAUCAAGAGGGUGCGGCCGGACGACGACGGCUGCUACCGCUGCGUCUUUGAUGUCUUCCCCAGCGGGCAGCAGGAGAGCUCCACAUGUGUCAGCGUCACUGGUAAAGUGCACCUGGAGGGGAACAGGACGGCCAUAAGUGGGAGGCCCGUCACCCUGACCUGCUGGUACAGCCUCGCCGAGCGGGUUCGCCAGGUGCUGUGGAGAAAGACGGCCGAGCAGGGCGACACCACCACAGUCGCCUCGUUCGCCAAGCACAGCCCUGUCACUGAGAAACAGUUCAAGGGUCGGGUCAAGCUGAGUCCCACACUGGGGGAAACCAAGCUGACCAUUGAGAAGGUCCGAACAGAGGAUGAGGCGUGCUACACCUGCGAGUUCCACACCUUCCCAGAUGGCACCAGAAGUGCCACCGCCUGCCUCUCCGUUUAUGUGUUGCCAAAACCAGAGGUGAGCCACGUGACGACAGCCUCCGGAGUGACGGAGGCAAACUGCACCGCCCAGUCGAGGCCUCCGGCGGACAUCCUGUGGGACACUGGGAAUGAUAACAGAACACUGGGUCCACCCAUCGUAUCGAUUUACGAUCAGGGCGACGGCACGACGGUAGUGACGAGCACGCUGUUCUUUGAGUCUGCGCUGACCAGUGAGCAGACGGUCAAAUGCGUCGUGCGGCACCAGGGUUUGGAGAAAGCUCUCACGCUGCCCCUCAACACAGACGUGCAUCCAGCCAAGAUCAUCCUCCUUUCUGUGUGCGGUGUUGCAGCGGUCCUACUCCUGAGUCUGUGUGCAUGUCUCUGCAAGUGCUUCAUCUGUACUGAUGACUGAUUUGGAGUCCAGCGUCCCCGCCGCUUUGAAAUUGUAGCGGAGUUCUGAGCCUGACCCAGCUGCUCAGAACCAUGCAGAGAAAAAGCUGCUUGUUCUGCUUCUAUGAACUGGAAAUGCAACGCUGGAGCAGACGGAGCAUUCUACAAAGUAAAACAAACAAACAUUAUUUAUUUUUGCAAAUGAUCUGUCCUCACAACGAACUGCUGGGAAGUUGACCUAUUCAGUCACCUCAAAUGUUUUAUGCUUUGGUUUCACUUCAUUCAAUUCCUCUUUGUACUUGUAUGAAACAUCUGUCUUCUGAAAUAUGUUGUUGUAGCUGUAUAAUGUUCAGAUUAAUCUGAUGGUUACUUCAUAAGCUAAUGACCCCACUGCCCUAAUUCUUCAUUAUGGAGAAAUGUUUGAAGAAAAACACUAGGAGACCACAGAAAUAUUCAGCUGUGUUCUAACUUUAGCCAUGUUUAGUCUCCUGACUGGAUAAUUACAUCUCAGAUCCACAACUGUUCAUUGUCCCUCCUGCCUGGUUGCUGCGGGACACCAAGAUCACCACUGAAGAGUGUUUCUUGACACAGACGCUUCUAUUAGUGGUUGUUGGAGACGCAUGCUGGCUAGAAGACGACCAGUUUUGAACUUGCAAGUAACGGGAAAGCCAAAAACAGACAGAGGAAUGAGUGUGCUGAAUAUGACUUUUUGUUUAACCCGCCCUCUAUGAAUCUUUCUGUUAUGAAUCACUGUUUCUACAGGUGUGAGACAGACAGGAAGCGGCUUUCUUUCCACGUACACGCAUGCUUUUAAAGGAAGUCUCUGUCUGUAUGUUUCCGAGUCAGAGAGCUGUAGGUAGCAGUCUUGAUUUGAAGUCUGUUAAUCAAAUUAAAGCUGUAACAUUUGUAGAUGUAUUGAGAAAAAUCUAUUCUAACAAUUAUUUUUAUAUGGUGACAUUUACAUGAUUAAAUAUGACUAUGGAGCUCUAAAUAAAGCAAUAUUGUGUGGCUGUUUCA